AUGGGGCCUUCCGCAACUUUCCUGCUGCUCUCUCCACGACAGAAUGGAUACACUCCUUUGCACAUCGCAGCCAGGCAGAACCAAAUGGAGGUGGCUUGCAGCCUAUUGCAAUACGGUGCUUCUGCCAACGCGGAAUCCACGCAGGGAAUGACGCCGCUACACCUGGCAGCCCAGGAGGGCCACGCCAACAUGGUGGUGCUGCUCCUUUCCAAGCAGGCAAAUGGCGACCUUGGAAACAAGAGUGGCCUCACCCCUCUCCACCUGGUGGCCCAAGAAGGACACCUUAACGUGGCAGACAACCUCCUCAGGCAUGGAGUCCAAGUGGACGCAACGACUCGGAUGGGCUACACCCCGUUGCAUGUGGCUUGCCAUUACGGGAACAUCAAGCUGGUGAAAUUUCUGCUGCAGCAUCAGGCUGACGUCAGUGCCAAAACCAAGCUGGGUUACACGCCUCUGCACCAGGCAGCCCAACAAGGCCACACCGACAUCGUCACCCUUUUGCUCAAGCACGGGGCUUCGCCCAACCAAGUCAGUUCGAAUGGUGCCACUCCUUUGGCCAUCGCCAAGCGGCUGGGCUACAUUUCCGUCACCGAUGUGCUGAAAGUUGUCACUGAUGAAACCAGCUUCCUGUCUUUAAGCGACAAGCAUCGGAUGAGCUUCCCAGAGACAGUGGAUGAGAUUCUGGAUGUAUCUGAGGAUGAAGGCACGACUCACGUAACUCUCCUGGGUAUGGAUUGUGUGUAUUGUUGUGGGUUUGGCUCACCCGCCCGCCCCAUCGACCCCAUUCCACCCCAACACGGGACAC